AUGGGCACGGGCAUAGUCUCAGUCCUUCUCCACAGCCUUCCUUACAAUACAACAUGGAUCUCACAUGGAUUCGCUAUUGCCUUUUUUAUCCUCAACGUUAGCCUAUUUACCGUUUUUACUGCGAUCACGGCUUUACGCUAUGCAAUGUACCCUGAGAUGUGGAAGGCCAUGAUUGUACAUCCUGCUGAGUCUAUGUUUCUUGGCUGUUUUCCAAUGGGAUUUGCAACAAUCAUUAAUAUGAUGAUUUUUGUCUGUGCACCUGCCUGGGGUCAGUGGGUGGUUUACUGGGCUUGGGGUUUCUGGUGGUUAGAUGCUGCUCUGUCCUUGACUUCAUGCAUGAUAGUGCCAAUGGUCAUGAUUUUUCAACACCGUCAAGAGCUGCAGGCAAUUACAGCUGGAUACCUCCUCCCAAUUGUCCCAGUAGUAGUUGCAUCUUCGACCGGCGGCAUCGUUGCAGAGGCUCUUGUAAACCCGGACCACGCCUUUGUCACGUUAAUCGCGUCCUAUAUUCUCUGGGGUAUCGGUAUUUGCCUAUCAGGUACUGUCCUUGCGCUGUACUUCCACCGCCUCAUCAUCCACGGCCUCCCAGCAAAGGCGAGCAUCAUCUCUGUUUUUAUUCCUAUUGGGCCCCUGGGACAAGGCGGUUUUGGUAUACAGCAGCUGGGCAGAGCAUCUCUCACAAUACUCCCCCAUACAUCGUUUAAUGUGAGGACUCCGGGCGCCACACACGGUGAGGAAUUCCUCUACUUCACUGGACUUUUUCUAGCGCUCGUCAUGUGGGGCUUUGGUCUGGUAUGGCUGACCUUUGCGCUCAUCAGUGUUGCCAUGACGAAGAAGUUUCCCUUCAACAUGACAUGGUGGGGGCUCACAUUCCCGCUUGGCGUGUUGGCGACUUGCACAGGCUUGCUGGCCCAGGACUUAGACAGUGUGUUCUUCAGAGUCAUGACCAUGGCUAUUUCUGGAAAAGUCUUUGUCUCCCCGUCCGUGAAGGACCUGGACAAAGAGAAAGAGCUGAUGGAGCUACAUGGGAGGGUUUAG